GCUAGGGUUGGAGCUGUAAAUGCAGCAUUUAGCUACCAUCAUGCUAAAGAGUUAGCCACGAAGCAAAGCAGUUUACAUGUAUUUAUGGCCAUGAGCCUCACUUUACUUUAUGCGGUGUGUUUAAUGAUUACAGGUGGUGUAAUUGGACACAAUACUGUUUACAACAGCGUGAUUCCAGUAACAAGUGAAUGUGGAGGAUUUCAUAAACGUUGGCUAGGCUUGAGAGCAACUAGCUAACGACUAUUAGCUAGCCAAAGCUAACUGUUUUGACGAGCUACCUGCCAUAUUAUCUAUCCAUCUGCAAGAUAUCAGUCGGCGUCUCGUCGUGGGACACUAAAAAGGGGAAACCAUGGAUAAGGCGGAUUUCUUAAAGGGUCUCCCCGUUUACAACAAGAGCAACUUCAGUCGGUUCCAUGCAGACUCUGUGUGUAAAGCAUCGAACCGAAGACCGUCCGUGUACCUCCCGACACGUGAGUACCCCUCAGAACAGAUUAUUGUCACAGAGAAAACCAAUAUCCUCCUGCGCUACCUUCAUCAUCACUGGGACAAAAAGAACGCAGCAAAAAAGAGGGAACAGGAGCAAGGAGAGGGAGGGAGUCCAGCACCUCCACGCAAAAUCGCCAGGACAGAUAGCCAAGAGAUGAACGAGGACUCUUAGGAGUGUGUGUGUGUGUGUGUGUGUGUGUGUGUACGGAUGCGUGCAUCUGUGGAGGAAGCACACGGACAGGCCCACCAUGACAGACAUGAAGACAAACAAUCUGAGAAAGAGUCCGCCCUGGUUUGGGAAAGACUAAACAUGUUUUAUUUUUUGUUGUUGUUACCUCCAGUGUCCAGUGUUGUUUUCAGCUUCACUGCCCAGCCUUGGCCUCAUGGGGGCACUGUAACACCUUUCCACAGUUUGCGUCUGCAGACCCGAGAGUAUACAUUGUGAUUGUCAACUGCUGCCUGCCACAACCCAGCCACCACAACAGGGGAAGAAACUACCCCCCCCCCACCUCCCAGACUUGUGUUAAUGUUCAAUAUGCAUUAUCUUCCAUGAUUCUGUUCUGAAUAUGUGUGUGUUUUGAAGUUUGUGCUGGCUUGUUUUACUGUACCAUUUUAGGAAUGGAUUCUUACAUCUAUUGCCCCCUACUGGUCAAUAGGGAUAACAUGACAAGUGACUCAACAGCUUACUAGCUUAGUUUGAAUGUUUGCAGCUUUCUGGCAAUGUAUGCUGUUACAAAGGGUAUUAUAGAAUGACAAGACAAAUUGUUUUAGUCACCAGGUGUUGACUACUCACUUUACCAGAAUUGUUUGGAAUUUGUUUACACUGCAAUCAAUGUACCCAUUAUGUAUGUUUGUGAAGAUCUCACCUUACCAGCACAACCAAGUGAUAGCAGAGGUAGAGCAAAGAAUGUCUAUGUCAAUAUGAGGGGUAGCGAGAGAAUGUUGUAUUCAGUAUGAAGACCUGUGUAAAUACUAUAGCCAGUGGCAGCUGUUAGAUAUUAAGAUCUAGGCUUUAUAUUUCUCUAAGGAAAAAUGACAUUGCAUCUGACUUUUGUCAAAUAAAUCUAUAUGUAGCUACAUA